UGAAGUCGGCCUUACACACACAGAUGAACAAAAUCAAGUCUUUUAUUGACAAGCAUGUCGACAAACAUCUGCCUUUGAAGUCAUCUCCAGUAGCACAUCAAACACCCCCACCUCCAGCUCCCCCCCAUUUCAUACAAAGCUUUCCGAACGAGCAUGACCUCUACCUCUACCGGAGGCAGCACGGAGUGAACCUAGGUUCUUGGUUCGUGCUUGAACGCUGGAUCGCCGACAGCCCCUAUCGCUGCGCUGCUCAGCCCGGACAGAGCGACCUUGAUGUCGCCAAAGGCUCUAAUGCGAGGGAGAUACUAGAGCACCAUUGGGACCACUGGAUCGUGGAGGAUGAUUGGAGUUGGAUUUCGCAGCGGGGUCUGAACACUGUUCGAAUUCCGAUUGGCUUCUACCAUAUAUGUGGUGCAGACCCUUCUGUACUGAACGGUACAGAGUUCGCGGACAAAGGCGAGGUAUUUGCCGGUGCUUGGUCGAGAAUAAUCAACGCCAUCGCUACCGCUCAUCGCCAUGGUCUUGGCGUCCUUAUAGACCUUCAUGCAGCUCCAGGCAAGCAAAACGCGGAUGCCCACUCAGGAACUUCUUCGUCGUCCAUAUCGUUCUUCCAGUCCUCGAAUUUUCAGCGCACCACCCAGAUUUUGACAUCAUUGCUGACACACUUGACAACGUUCACGAGGACUCACAACCCUCCGCUUCCCAAUCUCAUUGGGAUCGAACUCGUCAAUGAGCCGAAUCCUCCUAGUAACAGUGACCACGAUGCGCUCAAGAGGUGGUAUGCGACUACCAUCGAAGCGAUGCGAAGAAUUGACCCCGAUAUCCCAUUGUACAUCGGUGAUAGUUGGAGAGCAGGCGAGUAUGCUGGCUUUGUCAAGAGCUUGGGAGCUGGAAGCUCGUCGUCGACGUCUUCUUUUGUGGUAUUGGAUCAUCAUCUAUAUCGCUGUUUCACUCAGUCCGAUGGGGCGACACCAGCAUCGCAGCAUGCCCACGCGCUGCGGGAAUCCAAACAAUUCUCUAAUGACGUCAAUACUUUGUCAGAAGCUGGCGCUGGACUCGUUGUAGGCGAAUGGUCUGGCGCGCUCAAUCCUGGUUCAUUGCACGGUGUAGGAGAUCAGGAAAGUGCGAAGAGGGAAUUCGUAGAUGCACAACUGGCAUUAUUCGAGAGAGAUUGUGCGGGUUGGUUCUGGUGGACUUACAAGAAGGAACAUCGGGGAGAUUCGGGGUGGUCGAUGAGGGAUGCGGUAGAGAAGGGUGUAUUUCCGAGCUGGGUUGGGAUGAGACUGUCGAGAGCACCAGAGAACGAUGGAGGCAGGAGGGAGAAUGCGAAAAAUCAAGCAUGGGGUUUGCCUUUUCCUUCUUGCAUGUCGCCGCGGUGCUGAUGUCUUAACUGACUUCUUCUUAUUUCUCCCAUCUCUGCAGGGGCACAUUGUUCUUGGUGGGAUACUCAGUAUCCGGGCAACUACGAGCAUUGGCGCUUUGCGGAUGGCUUCAUCCAAGGUUGGGAUGAUUCAUACACUUUCUUCUCCCUCUCUCGUGGCCAAGGAGUUUCGGUCUCAGAGAUUGGAUUCAAGGGCGCGUGGGCGAAGCGGAGGGCAGCAGAACAUGCGAGGCAAAAAGGAGACAAAGACUUGUGGGAAUAUGAACAUGGUCUUGCGCAGGGCAUCACGGCAGCGACGGCGGCCGUACAUCAAUAUUUCGGUUGAUACCUAGUGGCUUUAUGCCCAGAUUAUAUUAUAUCAUUUGCAC